GACAUGCGAUGUGUCAACUUUAGCCUAUAUUGGCGAAAUUUGAAAUUUAAAACCCCCGAAACCAAACCAUAAUUUUCGAGAGGAAAAAACUAUUUCCAACGACUGCCAAUAGAGCUAUACAAGUCCAUGGCUUUAAAUCAAAAGUGAAAGCGGAAGUGCUAAUAGCGGAAGUUGUUUGAACGCUAAGGCAGCAAUCCAGAGCACAUAUUGCACAGGCGUAUCGUAACACAUUUAUGUGUACAUGAAAAACGUAUGCAGUUAUUGAGGAUUUUCUCGGGUUUCAUACAAGUACCAGUUCACAAUAUAGUAAGGAGUAUGGCUACUGUGUCAUGUACAUCUUCUGGUGUGAGUUUCAAGUUUAAUCAGGUAGAGGGUGAUUUGUUUUCCUGUGGAGACAAAGAGUCCUUAGCCCACUGUAUUAGUGAGGAUGUCCGUAUGGGGAAAGGAAUUGCUGUCUUGUUCAAGAAAAAGUUUGGCAGAGUGGAUGAGCUGAAGGCAAUGAAGAAGAAAACUGGUGAAUUAGCAGUUCUGCGUGAUGGAAGACGAUUUAUUUACUACCUCAUAACAAAACCCAAGGCGCAUGAUAAACCAACUUAUGACACCUUGAAAUCCAGUCUGAAGGAGAUGAAGAAACACUGUGUAAGGAACAAUGUAACAUCAUUGUCCAUGCCUUGUAUUGGUUGUGGUCUGGACCGUCUAAACUGGGAGGAGGUCUCCACAAUGAUAUGUGAACUCUUCUCUGACACAAACAUGACAAUCACAGUUUACCAGCUACCUCCCAAACCCAAAACAUAGGAAAAAAUUAAUGUAUGUUAGUCAUCUUUCUACUGAUACAAUGUUUAAAGUGCCAAUGUUUUACCCGUAUAUUGCAACAAGGUUGGUUUCGCAUUAGGUAUCAUGAUGCAGAUUUGAAAAUUUAUUUUCGUAAUACAUUAAUAUUAUUGCAUAUAUGAUAUAUGAUGGAACAGUCUAACUGAUAGGUAUUAACAAUACCUUGUCUGGAUAAUAACUUUGUUAGCUCGUUCAAUAGGUACAUUCCCCAAUCUAUGAUCAUAACAUGACAGUGUCACGGACCACAUAUAUAGAGCGUGGGUUGAAGAUUUAUGCCAAGUCACUGUAUAACAUGCUGUAACAAGAGCGGUCGUCCGUCUGUCCGUCUGUCCGUCCGUCCGUCUGUCCGUCCAUCUCUCUGUCUGACUAUCUCUCCGUCCGUCCAUCUGUCCAUGAAAUUUUAACUCCUGAAAAACUAUAAGCAGCUGGGCACUGAUAUUUGGCUAGGAGGUACCAGGGAUAUUAGAGUACAUUAAAGUUUACUCAUAUAAAUGACCUUGAUCUAUUCUCAAGGUCACUGCUAGGGGCUAAUAAUGUUAAAAACUUCAAGAAGCUUCUUAAGUUCUAGAAGAUCCAAUCCUGGUAUGUUUCCAGGAGGUGUGGCAUAGUUCUCUUAAUAUCCCUCAUAUAAAUGAUCUUUAUCUAAUUUCAAGGCCAUGAUAAUCAAAUACAUGCACUUCAAAAUUUGUUUGAGAAUUCACUUACCAAGAUCUAGAAGACCUAGGUUACCUGUACUCAUCUUAGACAGUAGGUACAUUUUGUACCUGUUAUGAAAUGGUAUAAAGAUUCAAGGUCAUUGGGGUCAAACUUUUGAAAUUCAUUUUAGAAUCAUCUCAAGUUCUAGAACACCCAGGGUCCUUGUUUUUGGCCAGAGUGUACCUGCUAUUGAAUAUAUGCUAUGAAACUUCUCUAUACCAAUAACCUUGACCUGUUUUGAAGGUAAUAGGGGUCAAAUAUGUUAAAAACUUCUAUGAUUUUCGUCUUAAGGACAAAAGACCUAGAUGAUUUAUAUUUUUUCUGUGGCUACUUAUGGAAGAGAGCUUAUAACAUUACUCAUACUGUUGACUGUGACUUAUUUUCAAGGUCGCCAUGGUGAAACAUGAAAUAUGUCGACCCAGAGAUCUGAUAUUUGUCCAGUAGGUACUUACAAUAGAGUGAUUUAGAUUUUCCUCAUAUAAGUGACCUUUUGUUCUUUCAUCAAGGUCAUAGGGGCUAAAUAGUUCAAAAUAAUGAAAAAAAACCCCCAUGGUAAUGAGGAAUGCUGUAUAUUGUUUCCACAUUUGAAUAAUCUUGAUUUUCAAGGUCACUGGGAUCAAAUGUGUUAAAAUAAUUGAACUGAAUUUUCCAAAGUAUUCCAUUGAUUCUUGCAUAUAACUUUAAAUUUCAAAAAGCAAUGGGGUAAAGACUGAUACUACAUACAGUCAACAUACCUUAUUGCUAAAUGUAUCUGGGUUCAUGUAGGUUAUAUAUAUAUUUAUCAAAAACACCAGCACAGAUAGUAUUUGUUAUUUCAGUACCAAUGGUCUUCUCAAAAGGCAACUGGCUGUUAACACAUCAAUUCAUUACCCUACAUUAUGAUUCACGAAUGAACCAGUGAAAGUUAUCACCUCCAUCAGAAAUACAAUGUACCAUUUCCUGAAGCAUCACAAACAUAUAAUGGUCAACAUGAACACUCCGAAUAGUAAUAUUGUCAUUACUUCUUACUGGUCAUGAGAGCAUUUCAGGCUCUCUGGGCCACUUGCUAGUCCAAAGUAGCCCUGAACAAAUUAUAUGUGUCUUUGGAGUGUCCAGUAUUUGUUUCAUAUAAGCUAGCAAUCACCUGUACUAAAGCAAUUAAAUGAGAUAAGUUAUUUUCAGAUUUUCAGUUUUUUUUCUCCUGUUUUUGAUAAAUCACAUGAUUUACCCGAGUAGGAGAAGUAAAAUCAAUGUUUGUAGUUUAUAACAUCUACUGUUGGAUGCAUAAACAAACUAGUACAUUAAUAUGUACUUGCAAAACCAUUAAAAAGUCUUCACCAAACUUUGUGAGUGUUCUAAAAUCCAAUUGUUUUCACAUAAAGUUUAUGUUUGAACAUCAGUAUUGAGUUGACAUAAGGAGACCAUUGAUUCAGUAUACAAAAAUUACCAUAUCAGCAGUGAUAUUGCCUUAUGUGUGCAGUGGAAUUGAGGUAACUCAUACAGAUGUUUGAGUGUGUGAAAGUGUAAUUUGAAAAAUAGGUCGAUAUGUAUAGAUAAUGUUUUAUAUAUAGCUACAGUAAUUACAUGGUAGAAUGAACUACUGACAAUCUGUUAUAAAAACAGUCAUAUUCACACAUUUUAGUUUGUAAUAAACUUGUAAAAGCUAGAUAUUUUAGUCCUGCAAAUGAAAAUGGAAUAUUGUGUGUGUUUUUGUAUUAAAAUGAAUAAGGUUGACUAUAUAAUUAUGACAUAUAUUUUUUGUUUUUGUUUUCUUUAGGUCAGGGAAUAUUAGUUUAUUGGAGACCUAGAUGGUUUUUGCUAUGUUUUAUUAUAUUAAAUUUCUUAACUGAACAGGUGAAUGAUCAUUGUAAUAGUUUUUGUACAUCGAUGGUUGUUUAUUCUCUAAGAUCAUGCUUCCCAUGGGUAUAUCCGUUGCUGAUAUCAUUUUCUUGUGAUGUUGUUGUAAAACUUUUAAUGUAAUUUAAUAAAUCUGUUAUUUGAUUGAAUUAAGACCUCUGUCAAUGUAACAAUACAUAUCAGAGAGAAAUGAUAUCAAAUGCAGAAAAUGACUUGGAUAUACAGGAAAUUAACAAAUCUGAAGACUAUCCCCGCAUAGCGUGUACGACAUUAUCAAUAAAACAGACAAAUUGUCACAAAGGGUUAUCAAA